GAAAUAAAUGGGCCAAAUUUGGCAGGCCCGAACCUUGAAAUCCAAUUGAGCGCACGUGUGUCUGCGAGGAAGAGCGAAACGCAGACGGCGUCCCUGAUGGCAGCGUCGUUCAGGUGGAUAUUACAACUACACAGGGAUGUUCCAAAAGCCGCACGCUUCUACUCCGAAGGCUUGGACUUCACCAUCAACGUCUGCUCUCUCCGUUGGGCCGAACUUCAAUCUGGUUCUCUCAAGCUUGCCCUCAUGCAUUCUUCCCAUGACCAAGCCACCGCGCAGAAAGGGUACUCCUCCCUUUUGUCAUUUACGGUGACUGACAUGAACGGUACAGUAAAUAAAUUAAUGGCGUUAGGAGCUGAACUCGAUGGGCCCAUCAAAUAUGAGAUCCAUGGAAAGGUUGCAGCUAUGCGGUGUAUUGAUGGACAUGUCUUAGGCCUGUAUGAACCUGUCUAAGAUGCAUAGCAGAUUUAGUAUAAAAUAAUACCCUCUCUUGUCAUGGUAACAUUUUUUAGCCCGUCGUGAUCUUGGAAAAGAUUGGGUAAAUAUGUGAUACCUUUUGUUUUAUGGAUUCCCUGCAAUAAUUGAUAAUGUUAUCUUGUCGAGCCCAAUAGCAGCAGCAGGAUAUGGCGUGUGAAGCAACAGACCUGUGAAUAAGGUAAAAUGAUUACAAGAUUGAAAAGAAGCUAUUCAAAUGCCUCCAAAUUAUCUUUAGAUGUGGUUUUUUUGGCACCAUCCAUACAUAAUUGACAGGAAAUCACCCCUUGAUUUCUUUCUUUCUCUUUAAGGAAGACAGCUUCUCUUUCCUCCCUGUUGAAUUUUGGUUGAAUUAUAAUAUCGUGUCUUCUACUUCUA